AUGCAAGGUAGGAGAGUAGCAAGAGAACUAAUCUUUGAUCCUGAAAUAGAGAAAACAGCUAAAGCAAACAGAAAAGCAGUUCGGUUAGCCCGAGAGGUUGCCCGGUUAGCAGGUGUUGCACAAGAAAGUUGUGAAGAAGUGGUUUCUAGUCCAAACACAUCGGACAACGAAGCCAACAUCAUGGCUGGAAAUCCCCCACCACCUCCACCAGUUGUGCCUGAAAGGACAUUAGGUGACUAUGGCCAAAGAAACAACGGAGAGCUUGCCAAUCUGGGGUUUCAACCAAGGAAUCAUGUGUCAUUUGAUAUCAAGAAUUCAGUGCUCAGCGCCCUCAAAGAGAAUCAAUACUCAGGGGCAGAAACACAAUGUCCAAAUCUCCACCUGGAGCAUUUCUAUGAAGCUUGUGACUAUACAGACCCACCAGGAGUAUCUGAAUCAGAUAAAAGAUUAAGGCUUUUCAAGUACUCGUUAACUGGAAGAGCUAAAGACUGGUUGGACACAAUACCACCUAACACCAUCACUACUUGGCAAGAGCUAGAGAUGAAAUUCAUGGAUAGGUACUUUCCAAUUCACAAGUAUCUUGAAAGAAGAGCUGACAUUACAAGUUUUGAGCAAGGAGAUUCCGAAACAUUGUAUGAUGCUUGGGAAAGAUUCAAACUGAGCCUGAAGAAGUGUCCUAAGCAUGGGCUCGAUAGUCAUACUCAAAUGCAGCAUUUCACACAAGGAUUGAGAGCUCAAACUAGAAUGUUUCUAGAUGCAUCGGCAGGUGGAUCUUUGAAAAAUAAAAAUCAAACUCAAGCUAGAGAGUUGGUGGAAUCCAUGGCUCAAAAUGAGUACAGAGUUGAAAAUGAUCGUGGUGCAAAGAAGAAGGCAGGCAUGAUAGAGCUUGAUACUCAAACUGCUCUUUUGGCCCAAUCUACAUUGAUGAAUUCUCAAAUGGCAGCUGUGUUGAAACACCUCACUAGCACUCCUAAUGCCCAAAUGCCAGUCAUGGCAGCUAAUGAAGUGAAAUGUGACUUUUGUGGACAAGGGCAUGCUAAUGGCCAAUGUUUUCCUGAAGGGUCAGAAGAGGCAAAGUACCUAGCCAACUUCAAAAGGAACAACCCAAAGUAUGAUCCAUAUUCAAACACUUAUAACCCAGGUUGGAGAGAUCAUCCAAACUUUGGUUGGGGAGGAAAUCAAAACUCAAAUCAAUCUCAACAACAAUCUUCUUCACAAAACUCUCAACAAAGGAGACCUUCUCAAUUAGAGGAUACACUUACUCAAUUCAUAAAGGUGACUCAAGGGAACUUCGAAGCUAUGAAGGUUAGCCAAGAUCAAAUGAAAGCCAACCAAGAUAUUGCCAACAAGAAUCAUGAAGCUUCAAUUAAGAACUUGGAAACUCAAGUUGGACAAUUGUCAAGGUAA